CCCGUGGAUAAGCCGCUCUCAUUCCCACACGCCCGUGCCCUUUGCCGCAUCUCACACACCUCCGAGCUCUCACUAACUCAUGUUAUAGCUCCGCCCACUUCUUCAUUCUCCAGCCCUAACCCCGCUCCGCCCGUUCGGUGACGUCAGUUCCGGAAUCUCCGGCUCUCCAUUCUCUUUAGUGUUUGCCGUGUCCGUGUCUCCCCCUCUUCCUCCUUCCGCCGGUCUCCAGGUACCGACUCCCCCCGUUGCACUACAUGGACUAGAGUGUGAGCUCCUUCCCUCCCGCACUCAGCAGGGACGAGACCGAGAAGGUUACCCAGAAUUCACUGCACUGACUCAAACCUGCACUGAAAGCUGUUCUACCUGCAGCACUCGGCUCUAAUGGACGUCGCCAUGUCUCAAGCUCCGAACUCGCCCGCCGCCCCCCUCUCAGGGAGCCAAAUCCUGAACAAGAACCAGCAUUCUCCUCAUCCCCAGCCUCUGAGUAUCCCUUCUACUGCCAGUCUGUUGCCCUCUGAAAAUGCAGGUAGACCUCUUCAAAACUCUGCUUUACCCUCUCCAUCUGUCACAUCCAGCGGUCCAACUGCAGUUUCUUCUAACAUGGCAAACCCCAAAGAGAAAACCCCCAUGUGUCUUGUGAAUGAGUUAGCCCGUUUCAACAAAAUUCAGCCCUUGUAUAAACUGCUGAGUGAAAAAGGUCCGGCUCAUUCAAAGGUCAUUCCGCUAGGACGGUGGCAGGAUUACAGCCUUCUUGAGAGAGUGGGAGAAGAUCGCCCAAGACAAAUGUUCACAGUGCAGCUCACUCUAGGGGACCAGUACUGGGAGGCCGAAGGGACGAGUAUUAAAAAAGCUCAACAUGCAGCUGCUGCCAAAGCCUUGGAAGGGACAAAGUACCCGAAGCCUACAGUCCGCCCUGUCUGUGGUGAGAGAAAAUACCCAGACAGCAUCACGCCAACGGUUGAACUGAACGCUCUGUGCAUGAAACUAGGAAGGAAACCCGUAUACAAACCUUUAGAUCCCUACACUGGGGUGCGCUCGGCUUAUAACUACAAUAUGCGAGGAGGCGGCUACCCCCCACGGUACUUCUACCCGUUCCCUGUGGCUCCCAUCCUCUACCAAGUGGAACUGUCCGUGGGAGGGCAGCAAUUCCACGGGAAAGGGAGGACAAGACAAGCCGCCAAGCACGAUGCUGCAGCCAAAGCACUAAAGAGCCUCCAACACGAGCCUCUCCCUGACAAACCUGUGGUGAACGGGACAUUGGCCGAUGAAGAAAAUCUAAAUAAGUCUGAAAUAAGCCAAGUGUUUGAAAUUGCACUUAAACGGAACAUGUCUGUGAAUUUUGAGGUAACCAAGGAAACUGGCCCUCCCCACAUGAAGAGUUUUGUAACUAAAGUCAUAGUUGGUGAAUUUCUGGGCAAUGGCGAAGGAAAGAGCAAAAAGAUAUCGAAGAAGAAUGCGGCUAUAGCCGUGCUAGAGGAGCUCCGCAAACUGCCCUCACUUCCGACAGUUGAGAAAAUGAAGCCAAAAAUCAAAAAGAAAACAAAGUCCAUCGUAAAGCUUCCUACUAGUCCUGAAUAUGGGCAAGGGAUGAACCCAAUCAGCAGGCUGGCACAGAUUCAGCAAGCCAAGAAAGAUAAAGAACCCGAAUAUAUUCUGAUCACAGAGAGGGGUCUCCCGAGGCGCAGAGAGUUUGUCAUGCAGGUUAAAGUAGGAAAUCAUACGGCUGAAGGCACGGGCACUAACAAGAAAGUCGCCAAAAGGAACGCUGCUGAAAAUAUGUUGGAACUCCUAGGAUUUAAAGUCCCUCCACCUCCCCCGAAACCUGCACUCAAGACAGAAGAAAAGCUCCCUGUAAGGAAACCAGGAGAUGGAAGGAAAGUGACCUUUUAUGAGCCCGGAUCAGGAGAAGAUACUGCUAACAAUCACAAAGAUGACGAGUUCCGGAUGCCUUUUCACAGCCAUCAGCAGCUUCCUGCGGGAAUUCUCCCUAUGGUCCCUGAGGUUGCACAAGCGGUGGGGGUUAAUCAAGGACUUCACACCAAAGACUUUAACAGGGUGGCCCCCAACCCAGCCAAGGCAACGGUGACGGCCAUGAUAGCGAGAGAGCUGCUGUAUGCCGGCAUCUCACCCACGGCUGACGCCAUUCUGAAGAAUAACAACACUGCCGGGCCAUUUACUCGGCCCUCUGAGCAAUUAAAUUACCUGUCUAGAGUCCAAGAAUUAGAGGUUGAAUAUAAAGACUUCCCGAAGAAUAAUAAAAACGAGUUUGUCUCUCUCAUAAACUGUUCCUCUCAGCCGCCAUUAAUCAGCCACGGCAUCUGCAAGGACCUGGAGUCCUGCCACGAUAUGGCUGCGUUGAACAUCUUGAAAUUGCUGUCGGAGCUCGACCAACAUAACGCGGAGAUGCCCAGAACAGGGAAUGGACCAAUGUCAGUAUGUGUCAAACCCGAAAUAGAACGUGAUCCUCUCCUGAAACCGGCCAACUCAAACACCUUGGGACAAACACUGGACAGUACAGCCUGAUACAGGCCCACGACUGAGCCCCAUCCUAAAAGCACCAUAGAAAAUCAAAGCGGCUUGUCACUUAGUGCUUCCGCUGUCUCUCAUCCUCUCUCGGCACGGUCUUCCCAGAGAGAAGGGAUCGACUGGCUGUUUCUGAACCGGCAUCGUUAGCGGAGGUCCUCCAUAAUGCACAUACCUGUUAAUGGCACUGCUUAUGGCAUGAUGGAAGACCUCUGCUUGCCAAUAUGGCUUAAAGGAUAAGUAAACCUUUAAAAUAAGUGUAACAUUGAUGAGUGCUAUUCUAAGCACUUUGGCAAUGUACAU